ACACGCCAGUUUCUAGUGUAGCAAAGCAUCUUUAAAAUUUCAACAGAUUAUCCAUAAGUCUUUGCAAAUCUGGAAAACUGUUUGGCACCCGAACCUCUUUACUAUGUCCAUGUGAAAGUUCCUACUUCGUCCCCAGUAUAUUCUCUGCUAGGGACGAUGUCGCAAAAGUUCAUAUUCCUUGAAAGUAAUAUACAAACAACAACCUCGUCCCUAAGCCCUUUUGACAUUGAAACCGGUGGCUUGCUACCCGUCAAGUAAGAAAAUAAGACUGCGACUCUCGCAUCAGGACGAUGAUAUAUAUACGUGAACCAACCUGUACAUAGUAAGUUAUGAGUAAAAACACUGUAUGACACACACAUGUCUUAAUCUUUCUCAAACAAGACAACAAGGGAGGGGGACGUUCUUUUUUACUAAUUUGCUGCAUCAAAAAAUCAAAAAAGGCCCAGGGAACAAAUCUGAAAACCAACCUUUUUUUCUUUCGGUGACUCAACAGUAGCCACCAUCGUCCUCGGAGUCUAAUGACCUAUGAGUCACUAUUACUAGUCACUGCUAUCAAACUCUUACCUCGCACUUUUUCAUCUAGCUAUCAAGGCAUGCGUUAUAAAAUUCUGUCGAGGACGGUAUCAAAAAGCUAAAAAAGGACCUGGAAACGAUGUUGAGACCAUUUCUUUUACUACUAGUUCCCAGUCACUUUAAAUAAUUUCUCAUUAAUUAUUUACACUGCACCUGCAAAAUUUUUGAAAAUGAUUUGAAAAAAGUUUUAGUGAAAAAAAAUUAUGUUAGAAAUUUGAAGACUGCGAACUGCUGCGGACUGCUGGGUCAGGAAAAUAAUUUUAGCUAAAAUUAAACAGGUUUUCAAUGGAAAAUACCAAAGAUUCUGCCCGAAAGAGAAAGUUAAGCGAAGCUGAUACCGUGGAUUCGACGGAGCAUAGAAGCGACAUCAUUGAGUUAGAAAUCUGCGAGUGUGAACAGUGCCUAAAAGAUGACGGAUGUUGUUCCGAGGCUAAUUCUUUCGACAAAACGUGGAAGCCCAAGACAGACGAGCACAAAAAAUGGCCAGACAGGGCAGUUCGUUUACUUAUAGAACUUUGGGCAACCAAAGAAAUUCUCUUUAAUCUCAAACAUCCCUUCUACAACAACAAGGAAGAACGCAUUAAGGCACUUGAGGCCAUUCAAGAUGAGCUUGUUGCAAAUGGUCUAAUGUUUUCUACGAGACAGAUAAACGAAAAACUUAUCAGUUUGCGUAUUUACUAUGGCGGUCAAAGAAGAUUAAUCGAAAAUUCAAAGAAGAAUUCCAGUGAGAGCGUAUUUGUGAGUAAAUGGAAGUUUUAUAAACACUUAAACUUUUUAGCUGAUCAAAUCAUACAUCGAAAUGUAAUCGAGGUUACAGCUAAUGAUAGGAAAGCAGAAAAAGCUUCCUUAAAUACUUCAAAUGAAAACUACCAAGAUAAAAAUAUGAAAAAGAGAUUGAAAGUGAUAAAAAAGUCGGACAGCGAAGAAACGGCUGCAUCUGAAAAUAAAGAAUUAGUUCUAAGUACGCCUACGGAAGGAAAUAAGUCUCAAGAUGAGCUGUUUGGUGAAUUGCUUACGCGUAUGAUUAUGGAUAUACCUGACUGUCACGAGAAAGCCAUGCUGAAAAUUGAGCUACAACACAAAAUUGUUGCAACCCAGUAUAAAGUGAAAAUGCUCCGCGCAAAUCGAUUUAAAUAAACUGAUUUUUUAAACCUUGUUGUGGUUACCAUAUUUUGCGAAGGCUAUAUCUGCAAGGGUUAUAAAGCUGUUUUUCUUUGGUUCAGAAAAAAUUGUAGUAAUGUUCGAUUCAAGACAUCUUUGUUAUGUUUA